GCGCAGUCAGUGACCAGUGAUCUGAUCUGCAGUCAGCCGCGCUCUGCCUGUUUCCAUGAAGAUCUGGACAUUUUAACUGACGGGACUUUUCGUUGCUGCUUUAAAUCGGAAAACCACAGAAAGUCCGUUCAUCUCUGGAGAACUGUUCUGUUCUGCCACAUCCACGGUGACUCCUGGUUGUGCGUGUUUCUGCCUCUGGUUCUCUCAGAUCCCGGCCUGUGGAUAAAUCGGUUGGUUCCAGUUCGGAGUCUGGCGCUCGGUUCCACCUCUUCCCGCCUCCCGCUGCGCCCUGAAGCGGGGGAGACAUGAGACCACCCAAACACUGAGUGACGGCUGGUUGAUGGGGAGGAUUUCGGAUGUCAGCCGGGACAGUGGUCAUCGCAGGAGGAAUUCUGGCUACAGUCAUUUUACUGACCAUCGUCGCUGUGUUGUGUUUAUGUAGGCUGCAGUAUUACUGCUGCAAGCCGGAGGAGUCUGAGAAGGACGACGAGGAACCGGAACUGUCCACCAUGUCGCCCUCUCGGCCCCUGGCUCUGUGCGCUCCGCCCACGCCUCCCACGCCGGAGCACUACAGCGACGAGCUCGAGUCGUACCCGCCCACCUUCCUCACCGAGGCCAACGGGCCCUGCAGCUACUCCCCGCCGCCGCCGGCGCCGCCGCGCCGGGGCCAGCGGGUCCACGCCUUCUGCCCGUCCUGCGCCCGCUGCUCGCUGCCCUUCUACCUGCAGCAUCCGGAGCGGCUGUGCAACGGCGGCCGCAGGAUCAGCUACCGGACUGUGCAGCAGCAGGACCUGGAGCUGCCCGCCGACCUGGACAGCUUCUACCAGAAACUGAUCCGCUCCUACACCAUGAAGGAGGUGGUGAACCACAGCGUGAGCACCGACGUGUAGCUGCCGCCAGGAUCUGGGCCGAUGGAGAAAAGGAGCAAAGUUCUGCCAAAAUAUGCAGAAGUCUUGAGAGUAAUCUAACAUUUUUGAGAAAAAAAACAACAACAACGCAAUUCCUGAGUUUGAAAAACCAAGAAUUUGCUAGAAAAAAACUCACAAAUUCUCAGAUUGAUCUCAGAAAUGUUCUAAA